AUGGUUAUAGCAUCUUUUGGAUUGUCUACGUUUACUCAGACCAAGUAUGACAGGCAGGAUAGUAAAGUAAAGCAGCUAGACAAGAAGGAAGCCUUACAAAUACAGAAAAAUAAGAAGCCUAUCGAUUUGCGGGAGGAAUACUUUAGGCUUCAAAGUAAAGAAAGUGAUUUGGACAACUGGGAGAACAAGCGGAUACGAAGAGAUAUCGCAGGUCUAGAUGAGUGGAAUAUGCCACUCAAAAAGUGA